UUCAGUUUUUGCCCGUUUCUGUUACACAGUUAAGGACCUUCCAGUCCAGCUUUUUUGGUCAGUUUUGGGGGACAGUCCGGAGAGGGGUUGGUGGAGAUGGCGGCCGUCUUGCUGCAAGCUUUGGAGCGGACGGAGUUGAAUAAACUCCCGAAAGGUGUCCAAAACAAGCUAGAGAAGUUUGUAACUGACCUGCAGAAUGCUAACGAGGCGCUAAAGACACAGCAUGAGCGGUUCAAGGCAGACAGCGAGCAACAGUACUUUGAUGUUGAGAAGAGACUGACAGAGAGUCAGGAACAGAUACUUUCUGCCACAAAAGACCUGCAGGUCCUGAAAGAGGAGAAUAAAAAACUAAAUGAAGAGCUGAGCACUCUGAAGGGAACAGAGGAUGAGUCUAGUGAAGAUAAACAACCAAAGCAGCAAGCAAAGUCUAAAUAUGAAAUUGAGGCGGAGAGGAGAGAACUGGCGAGGCUGCUUGAGAAGAGGACGCAGGAGGUGGAGAACCUUACAGAGGACUUGAAACGUCUGAAUGAGAAGCUUACAGACACCAGUAAAGUAAAGAUGGAGCUCCAGAUGAAGCUGGAUGAAAUACAGUCAUCAGCAGCCUCUGUGCAGCACAGAGAGAAACGGAUGGAGCAGGAGAAAGAGCUGCUGGAGAAGAAAAUCGAGUGGCUGACGGCAGAGCUGUCGGAAAAAACCGAGGAGUUACUGAGCACCAACAGAGAGAAAGGCAAGGAGAUACUGGAGCUGCAGGGCAGUCUGAAGAGCAGCAACGACCAGGUGACCAGGCUUGAAAGUCAGCUUGCCUCUCUGAAAGAACUGAGUGACAGCCAAAGCAGGAGAGCUGACGAGCUCAAUAACAAACUCAAACAGGCGAAGGACGAACAGUUUGCUAUGGAGGAGAAGUAUCGCACUGAGCUCAACGCCCAUGUCAAACUGUCAUCACUCUAUAAGGGUGCAGCAACUGACAUGGAGACUAAGAACCAGGAGCUGAGCAGGGCAGUGGAGGAGCUCAGCAAGCUGGUUAAAGACACAGGAGAAGCCAAUAAGACUCUGGAGAAGAAAGUGUCAGAUGCUGCAGAGCAAAAAAAGCAGCUUGAGGCGGAACUUGGAGAGAAGAUCAAGAAAAUGGAGAAGGAGCUGGAAAAUGCAGUAGUGAAGGCUGCAGGCAAACACUGCUGCGGUUCUUCUCUGACAGAAGAACAGUUAGACGCUCUGUGUCCAUCAGCUGCUGCCAUCGCUGCUAUUGUCAAGCCCGGAAUGAAGUUUUUCGAUCUUUAUAAUGCAUAUUCAGAGUGCCAGACCCAGCUGCUGCUUGAGAAGCAGGAGACGAGGAGGGUGAGCAAGGUCCUGGAUGAAAUAGUCCAGGAGGUGGAGUCCAAAGCACCUGUACUCAAGCGGCAAAGAGAGGAGUAUGAGAGCAUGCAGAGGUCAAUGGCAUCCCUGUGCAACAAACUGGAACAAGCUCGAGCUGAGAUCUACAGUCUGCAGAAAGAGAAGGAUGAGGCCAAACAAAGCUUUCAAGCAAUGGAGAGAGAUAAACUCAAGGCAGAGAGAUACCUGGAGGACACUUCUACACAGCUUUGUAAUCUUCUGUUAGAGUUGGAAGUAGCACGCGGUAACAGGGUGUCCAAAGACGACGGCAGCUCCUCCGACAUUUCCAGCACCUCAGAGGUGAACAGCUCAAGCUUGCUGUCGUUCCGCAGUGUGAUGGAGCUGCAAACACAGAACCAAAAUCUGCUGGGGAGACUACGAGAGCUAGAGGAGGAGAAGAGCAGAGAACAGGCCAGGGAAACAACAGCACGCGUAACAGAGCUGCAGUCCACGGUGGAUAAACUCCAGAAGGAGGUGGAGCAGCUGAGAGAGCAGAGGAACCAGCAGAAACAGCUAGCAGACUCCAACGCUAGGCAGAGAGACAUGUUCAAGGCACUGCUGACUCAGAGCACAGGCUUCAGCCUGCCUCCUCAAGGUCAGGAGUCUUCUCCCCAUCCUCCAGCCCCCGUUACUCGCUCCACUCCUCAGAGAGCCGCUGCUGCAGAGUCGACGCAGACUGCUCAAACAAAAGCUGCUCUAAAACAGCUCAAUGAUGCUUUCACCUUGUAUAAGAAGGAGAAGGCUGAGAACGACCGAAUGCUGAAUGAAACAAAUGACCGCUUGCAGAGGCAGCUGACAGAGCUCCGCUCCAGCCAUGCCAAACUCACCUCUCAGCUCAACUUCAGUAACAAGAGGCAUGAUAUUCUUCAAGAAACUGUAUUGGCGUACCGCAGAGAGAUCACUGCUCUACAGACGAGCAACCAGAAAAUGACGGCCACCGGCCAACGACAAGAGCACAUCAUCCACACAAUGAUCCAGGACCUACGAAGGGCUAAUGAAAAAUUAGCACUGGAGCAGGCGCGUGUGGAGAAUCUGACCAAAGAGAGAGACAUGUUACGACAGGCAGAGCAUCGCCUCAAUAAAGAAAAGGAAGCUGUUCUGGCCGAACAACGCAACCAGAACCUGCUGCUAACCAACCUCAAGAGCAUACAGUUGUCUAUGGAGCGUACAGACACAGAGACUCGCCAGCGACUUAACAACAAAAUAGAGCAACUGGAGGCUGAAGUGGCUGUGAUGAAGUCCAAGCUGGAGGAGGAAGUCGCACAAAGACAUGCCCUUGGACGCACCAUGGAUGCACAGUUAUUAGAAGCAAAGAGGCAGCUGGCGACACAAAGCACCUUGCUGCAGAAGACCAAGGAGCUGCUGAGUGGCUCUGAGCAACAGGUGGCUAAACUGAAAGCUCAGCUGGCCUCUGCUUCCUCCUCUGAAGCUGCUGCUGCUUCCAGCAAUGCGACUACCCCCGCUGGCAGAGCCGCUGGCCUCAGGCAGCCACUGAGAGUACACUCCCCAGUCCCGCCCGCUUCUCAGCAAAUCAGCCAAUCAGAACAGGAGCUUUCAGAAGUGAAGGCUCAGCUACGAAGUGCAGAGGAGCAAAACGCUGAACUGGAGGAACAGCUAAAGAAUGCUAAUACCACAGUUGAACAGUACCGAUCUGUAGUUCAAACACUGGAGGACAGUUUAAAGAAAGAAAAGGAGUCACGCUCUCCUCUGGAGAUCCGACUGAAGACUUCGGAGGAGGCACAGAAGCAGCUGGAGAGUAAGAUUUUAGAGGUGGAGAAACUGAAGCAGCAGGUGCUGGAGGAGAAGAGGCAGGCUGUGGAGGCAGUGGAGAAACAAGUGUGCGAGCUGCAGCGCAGUCUGAAGGCCAGUCAGGCAGAGCAGCAGGAGGCCCUGGAGAGAGCUGCUGCCGCACUCACUCAGGAACAGAAAGCCACACAGGACAGCCUGUUACAGACAAAGUUAGCUGGAGAGGCACAGGCAAAGUAUGAGCGAGAGCUGAUGCUUCAUGCUGCUGAUGUGGAGGCUCUGCAGCAGCUGAAGAAAAUAUCCCACAAAGAAGCAAUACGCAAGGGGGAGAUGGAAGAAGAACUGAAGAAAACUACUUCUCUCCUUCAGGAGAAAACUGCAGCCUGGAGUGCAACAGAGAAACGACUAAAGGAAGAGCUGUCCAGCCUGAAGUCUCGCCUUGAGGAACUUGGAAAACAGAAUGCUCUCCUGCACCAACAGAUGGAUGAAAUGGCCAGCAGGGGUCGCCAGCUGCAGCAACAGCAGCAGCUGGAUCUGUCAUUUAGUGAGGAUGGAAAAACCACUGAACAGAUACUAGAGAUACUCAGGUUUGUACGCCGGGAGAAGGAAAUUGCUGUUGCUCGGUACGAAGCAUCUGAAGGAGAGACGCUACGCUACAAACAGCGAGUCGAGCACCAAGACCGAGAGCUGAAGGAGCUGCAGGAAGCUCUGAAUGCUGAGAGGGAGAGGAUGCAAUUGACGAGCAAGACCCUGUGUGAGCAGCAGGAACAACUGAAGAAGAUGGAGAGUAUCAGCGCUCUGCAAGAGAACAACAGGAUGCUGAAAAUGGACAGAGACAAGCUGGAACUGGAACUUCAGCAGGUUCAGGCUAAAGUAACAAAGCUACAAUCGGACAUCGCCCCCCUGCACAACUCUCUAUCUGUCCUAUCUGAGAAAAAUGGCUCCCUGCAGGCUGAUAAGAGGCUGCUGGAGGAUGAACUCAAACGCUGGAAGGCUAAAGUUCAGCACCUGCUUAGCCAACAGAAAGAGGGAGACGCCGAGGAGAAGCAGAAGAUGAUGGCUGAAAAGGAGGCCCAGCAGAAACGCAUAGCCCAGCUAGUGGAGGAGACAGCAAAGCUGAAGACAGAGUUGGUCAGAUCCAACGCCAGCGGUAAUUCAGCUCAGUCCCAACUUCAAGGUCUCAAGGACUCUGUGGUCCGCUUGACAUCGGAAAAAGACUCUCUCAAGAAAGACCUGGAAACUAAAAAUAACGACAUUCUGGAGAAGAACAGGACCAUCAAUCAGGUGAAGAAGAUCGGACGCCGCUACAAGACUCAGUACGAGGAGCUCAAAGCCCAACAUGACAAGAUGAUCAGUGAAUCCUCUGGAAAUGAGGAGCAGAAGAAGAUCCAAGAGGAACUAAAAACUGUAAAGGAGGAAGCUCAGAAACACCAGCAGGAGGCUCAAAAAUCCCAGCAGGAGUUGGAGGCAGCUCAGAAGGAAAAUCAGCAGACCAAGGAGAAGCUCCAGGAGCUCCAAACCAAGCUGACACAGAACCAGAACCAGCUGACACAGGUUCAAUCCCAGCUGUCUCAGAUCCAGACCCAGCAGCAGCAGAAUCAGAAAGAACUUGAGCAAGCCAAGAACCAAAGCCAGCAGCUGCAGAUGAAGUUGAAAAGCGUCCAGGCCCUGGCCCAGGCCCGUCAGAACCAGAUGCAGCAGAUGCAGAGCGAUCUGCAGCAGGCUAAAGACGCCCUUCAGCAGAACCUUGCCAAACAGAAGGAGCUCCAGCAGACAGACGAGGCGACCCAACAGAGCCACAAUCAGGAAGUUAACGAUGUCAAGACUUUGUUGAGUCAAGCUGAAAACAAGGUGACUGAGCUUCAAGCCCAACUGGACAGCCUGCAGAAGACAGUUUCUGAGCGUGACGCAGAGAUAAAGCAUCUGCAGGAGCAGCUAACUGAAGCUAAGCAAGCGCAUAGUGCUACACGAGCAGCACAGGCCAACCAGAGCUCCCAGUCUACCCAGGCCAGUGACUCUACAGCUGCCAGUGAAGUCACCCAGACUCUACAAGAGGAGCUGACCAAACUCAGACAGGAGCUGUCUGACUGUAAGAACAAAGAAGAGCAGCUGAAACAGGAGAUGGCUGAAAAAGAGGAGAAGAGGAAAAAGGUCAUCCUUGCAGCCAAGCUUAAAAUCAACCAAGUAAACAGUGCCAAAGAGCAGCUCAGUCAGGAGGUUGAAGAACUGAAACAGAACAAAGAGGAGCUGGAGGUCAGGAUGAGCGCCCUGAAGUCUCAGUAUGAAGGAAGACUUCUUCGACUGGAAAAAGAACUGAGAGAGACCCAGGCUCACGCUGAAGGCAGGGAAGAAGCUCAGGACCAGACUGGAGUCAAGGGAGAGCAGCCUAGAUCCUCAGACCAGAGACAAAUUUCUUUGAAGAGUCCUGCUCAGGAGAGGGGCAGCCUUAUUGCCUCUGAGCCUCCAACUGCCAACAUCCGGCCCACUCCAAGUACUCCGUCGCCCAGUAACAAGCCCAGUCCAUCCACCGGCAGCAAAGCCACUCCCCGAGCCAGCAUCAGGCCUAUGGUUACUCCCGCAGCUGUCUCCAUGCCAACACCCACAGCUACAGUGAUGCCAACUACACAGACCGAGAAUCAAGAGGCACUCAUCAGUACAGCAGCUUCUGUUCACUCUACCACCUCUGCUCUCAUGAACGCUCCCACCACAGCCUUCGUUCAGCCCACCCAGCAGCAGGCAGUCAGUCAGGAUGCAGGCUCCAGCAUGGAGCCAGAACGUCCAACCACAUCUUCCUCCUCCCCCUGUUUGCCUGCAACAGGUUCAAAGCGAAGCAGAGAAAAUGAGGAGGAAGAGGAGAGUCAACCUGAAAGUUCACAAACGACUCCAACCACCAAGAAACUACGGCUGAAGCCAACAAUCACUCUGCGGAUGGAAGGCGACGAAGAGGUGGAAGGAGAGCUGAGGCAUGUGGAAGAGCAGCAGGCUUCACCUGAUGACAGUCAGGAGCUCCCAGAAGAAGGUUUCCAUGGGUUAGCUGAAGACAUGGAGGACGAUGAAGGCGUCUCUCAGUCCGUCCCCUCUGACCAGGGCUCCCAGAGCUCGGCUUUAAUAAGAGACGUUAUCGUAAUCGACACAGAUAGCGAGAGCCGGGAGAGCAAAGAGGGAGACCAGAGGGUGGAGGAAGAAGACGAGGAAGAAGAAGAAGAGGAGGAAGAGGAAGAUGCAGCUGGAGAGAAGGAAGAAGACAUUGAUGACGAAGAUGCUGCUGACGGUGGGAUGAGGGGUGGAGAGGAACAUAAUGAGGACAGUCAGGAAGCUGAAGAGGGGAGAGAGGACGGAGUUCCAUCAGAGGUUACCAACACUGAGGAGAAUGUGAGCGCCUCCUCCAGCUCCCAACGUCCAUCUGACCCUUCUCAAAGCGGUACUGGAGCUGGAACGGAUCCUGGAGCUGCUAAAGACCCCCCGCACUUCCCUCCGGCCUGCUCCUCUGCACAGUCGCCUUCCUCAUCCUCCCUAACCAUUCGGCUGCCCCAGGCACGCAGGCCUCCACACGCACUGCCACCUCGCCUCUAUAUCCAAGCUCCUGCUCCUGAACUGGGACCCCCGCAUACACAAAGACAGACUUCUCAGCUGCGUAGACCAUCAUCUGGUCGCGGACCUCAAUUAACCCCUGGUUUGGCCUCUAUGCCAUUCUUUGAUGACGACGACAGAAUGGUUCCCAGUACUCCCACUCUGGUUGUCCCACACCGUACUGAUGGUUUUGCUGAGGCUAUACAUUCGCCCCAGGUAGCGGGCCUGUCCACUAGAUUCAGGUUUGGACCUCCAGAAGAUUUGCUGCAACAGACACCAUCUUCACAUUCUGACCUGGGACAACUGGCUUCUCAAGGAGGUUUGGGUAUGUAUGAGUCUCCUCUUUUCCUGGCUGCUCACGAUGAAGAUGGAGGUGGGAGGAGUGUCCCCACUACACCUUUACAGGUGGCGGCACCAGUGACCGUCUUUACAGAGAGCAUGCCCUCUGACAGCAGUGACAACAUGGCUUCCCAGUCAGUUCCCAUGGUAACUGCAUCAACAGGGAUGGCAGCAUCUGCAGACGAUGGAGACGAGGUGUUCAUGCAAGAAGGAGAAGGACCAAGUAUUGAGACAUCCUUAGACAGCCAGACAGACGUGGAAUCAACCGGACAGCAGAAUGAUGAUGCUUCACUGCCAUCUACGAGCCAAGACCCUGACACCAGCAGUGCUAGUCAACCUCGCUCAGUAACUAGCCAGCCUCUGAUGAGCAUCUUCUCUGGCAGAGGCAGAGGAGGAAGGUUCCUCAGUCGCAGAGGAACGUUUCCUCGAGGAGGACGAGGAGGAGGAGCAGGAAAAGGGGGUGUGGCUUAACGCUGUUACCAACUAAGCUGAAGUGAUUUUCUCCAUUAAGGACACGAAAAGCAACAUGUUUGCCAGAAACUGCAUUUCAAAAAGUUUUAGUCAGUUAUCACAUUUUUACAGUAGACAUAACAGCUUUAGUCCCUCCUUGAUAUGCUUGUCUGUAAAAUCCAGUUUGAGUUGAAUUUACCUUUGUUUUUUAGAUUUUCUGGAAAAAGUCCUGCUAUUUUCUUGUUUUAUUUGGAUUUAAGAAUAAAGUGGAAAAAAGUAGC